AUGGACGACUUCUCAGGUGUUUCUAACACAAACAAUCAGGAUGAUCAUAUGAACGAUUCUCAAUACAGUCACCCUCUCGGAGACCUAAGCGGCUCCGCUUACCUACAACAACCCUCAUCUGUAUCAUCCUCGACAACUCACAAGGCUUCAAGCAAUUGUGGCGGUGGUGGCGUCGGCCCUUCGGGUAGUCCACAAGAUACCCUUUCUUCACCCGAGGAGAAUUGCAUUAGUGAAGAUGAUAACAUGGAUCUUGGUCUGGACAUGUUCAACGAUGUGCUGAUAGAUGGCACGGAAAUGACUUCAGUCGCAUAUCAGGAACCAGAAUAUUGGUGUUCCAUAUACUAUUAUGAAAUGAACACUCGCGUGGGUGAUACGUUCCACUGCUCCAGUCCGUGCCUCACAGUGGACGGUUUCACCGAUCCGAAUCGCCACAAUCGGUUCUGUCUCGGCCUUCUGUCCAAUGUGAACCGUGGUCAUCAGAUUGAACUCACCCGAAGGCAUAUUGGUAAGCUUCUUCUCGAUCGGUGA